GGGAGUUAACCGCGCAAAAUCGUUCCUACAUUUCGGAGCAAUACCUGUCGAGCAUAUAAACUUGCCGAAACACAUUAGACAGCCUCUACAUAUUUAUUGAUUAAUAUAUAUUAACCCUUAACCGCUCCGCACCGGAGAAAGUGUUUCCCGCCCAAAGAAGGGUUUAAACCAUCAAAGGCAAUUAUUGAGCAAUGAGUACGAAGCGACGCCAGCUUAAAAGAGGCGAUCUCUCCUGACUAUCUGCAGACUUUGGCCCAAGCUGCCGUGAUUCGGUCCUCCCAAGAACUAUUUCCGGUACUAAGCACCUAAAACACUAAAAAAAUCAACGACAGACCGUCGUGGAAUUCCUCUUUCCAGAUAUCAAACCCAGGGACAGUGGUUUACCGUCGCGAAUCUGAGAGGACCUCUGAAAAAAGUGGAACUUUAACCCCGAGGGUUCCACUUUCGAAAAUCAAACUUAAAGAGGGAAAUGUCGUUGCGGGCUCACUAAACGGUGCAUAAUUCCUCUCCUAGAUGUGAUUUCUGAGUUCUGGUGGAGUUGAUUUACGAGGGAAGUGGAAAUUACAUUGAAAAAGGAGUCUUUUUCGGCGGGAAAUUCGGGAACCUCAGAGCGCCACCUCGUCAGCUGAUCGGCAUCAUUCAUCGGAAGGAUGUCUUGUCCAAUGGGAAAUGGGACAGAUGACUCCAGUCAGGAAGGAGUUCAAUUGACCGAGGGACCAGGGCUUCUUUAUGCAGAAUAUCUUCGCCUUGAUAAGAUCCUAUCUGCCCAAAGACUCCUCAGUGCAGAAUAUAAUGAAGAAGCUGUGCACGACGAACACCUCUUCAUCGUCACUCAUCAAGCUUAUGAAUUAUGGUUCAAGCAAAUCAUCUACGAGCUGGACUCUGUGCGAGCACUCUUCGACACCCAGGGUCUGGACGAGUCGAGGACGCUGGAGAUCCUGAAGAGGCUCAACCGCAUCGUGCUUAUUUUAAAAUUGCUGGUGGACCAGGUGAUGAUCCUGGAGACCAUGACCCCUCUGGACUUUAUGGCGUUUCGGGACUACCUGUGCCCAGCUUCCGGCUUCCAGUCUCUGCAAUUUCGGCUCCUGGAAAACAAGCUGGGGGUUAAACAAGAACACAGAGUGAAGUACAACCAAAGCUAUACAAGAGUUUUCGGCCAAGACCCUGAAGCGAUAGACGCCAUAAGGAGGUCCGAAGAGGAACCCAGCUUGAGCAGUCUCGUGCAAAGAUGGCUGGCCAGGACGCCAGGGUUGGAAACCCAUGGUUUCGAUUUCUGGUUAAAAUACAGGACAUCCGUAGAAUGCAUGCUAGCCGAGCAGGAUACAGCUGCCCAGAAGCAAACCACGGAGCAGAUGAAGAAGUACUUGCUGGCGAACCUGGCGUCACGUCGGGCGGUUUUCGAGACGAUCUUCAACGAGAAUUUGCAUAAUGCCUUGGUGUCCAGGGGGGAAAGAAGAUUCUCUCAUGCCGCUCUCCAGGGUGCCGUAAUGAUCACCUUGUACAGGGACGAGCCACGUUUUAGUCAACCCCAUCAGAUCCUGACAGCUCUCAUGGACAUCGACUCGCUGAUCACCAAAUGGAGGUAUAACCACGUCAUAAUGGUGCAGAGGAUGAUCGGGUCUCAGCAGCUGGGCACCGGUGGCUCUUCGGGUUAUCAGUACCUGAAAUCCACCUUGAGCGACAGGUACAAGGUGUUCUUGGACCUCUUCAAUCUCUCCACGUUCCUGAUCCCUCGUCACAUGAUCCCACCGCUGAACAAACAGAUGAAGACGAAACUCUCAGUCGCUUGGGGCUGUUGGGGACCAGAAGACGAGAGUAACAAUUCGGAAAGUUCGGUAGAGGGAUCCCUGUGAAAUGCCAAAACUUGUGUUAAGGACGCUUAGAGUGUACAGACGCGAAAUAAGUUAAGGUGAAGUGAAACACGUCGAGGAACUUGAUCAACGUGGAUAAAGAAGAUUUUUCUAAAUGCCUACGUUGCCGACGUUGGUUUUUAUAUUGAC